AUGGCUGAACAACACCGCCGACCGACGCGACCAUCAACAAGGCGAGAAGUCCUCGGACCUGGCGACUCCCGCGCCAACAUUGACCACUCUACGCACAAGAGUACACGGUCCUCGAAAGUGCCAGAAGUAUCCUCGCCCUCCUCGUUACCCCAUAACCAGUCAUUGGCCGCCAAUGGCGCACUCGAUGUACACACAACCAGCCCCACUGCUUCAAUGCGCCAGGAGCGCCUCUCAUCCGCUGCGCCCGAGUCUCAGCGAGCCAGCAAGCGUUACUCGGAGAUAUCAAAUUGCACGACCGCUUCAGGUUCGGGUCGUAAAAGCUUUGUUGGUCGAUGGCAACUCGGAAAGACAAUCGGCCAGGGCGGCUGUUCGACGGUGCGCCUGGUCAGACACAAAGACACUGGCCAGAUCGGUGCCGCAAAGAUCAUCUCUCGAAAGAUGGCCGAGACCGUUCGCGCUCAGAGCUUGGCCAACCUGGCAGAGAUGCCCGACAAGUCGUUGCAAGACCUUGUCGCCGCCGGCAAGGCCAUGCCCCCACCUCCUCCUGGUUUACUGCGUGAGAUUGCCAUCAUGAAGCUGCUCGAUCAUAGAAAUAUCGUGCGCUUGUAUGAUGUCUGGGAGAAUCACAACGAACUCUAUCUCAUCAUGGAAUAUGUCGAGGGCGGUGAGCUUUUUCAUUAUAUCGAAGAAUGCCGCGGCCUUGGAGAACAAGAAAGCGUCUACAUCUUCCGCCAAAUUGUUGCUGCAUUGCUCUAUUGCCACCGCAUGCACAUUCACCACAGAGAUCUCAAGCCCGAGAACAUCCUUCUUGAUCGAGAGAACAUUCAAGUCAAGCUGGUUGAUUUUGGCAUGGCCGCUCUCCAACCAGAAGGCAAGAAACUGACGACCGCCUGUGGUAGCCCUCAUUACGCUGCGCCCGAAGUCAUCAAGAGCAGACCGUAUGAUGGUGCACGAGCAGAUGUAUGGAGCUGCGGUGUCAUCCUUUAUGUCAUGCUCACUGGCAUGACCCCAUUCAACUACGAUCAAGACAGAAACCUCGGUGUCAUGUACCGCGCCAUCGCAGAAGCUGACUACUAUAUGCCUCCGGAACUCAGUCGCGAUGCUCAAGAUUUGUUGCGCAAGAUAUUCGUUCCUGACCCACGUCGUCGUAUCACCAUGGAGCAAAUUUGGGAGCAUCCUUUGCUUCACAAGUUCGACGAAGAGUGGGGCUAUACUGGUCCUCUUGCAUCCAAGGAGGCUUGGGUUGGCCCAUCUCCUAUUCUCGAAGACUGGACAGUCACGCGGGAAGACGAGGUUGACAAGGAGAUUCUCCGCAACAUGCGUACCCUGUGGCACAGCGUGCCUCAGUCUGUCCUGGUGAAAAAGCUCGUCAGUAACGAACCCAACCAGGAGAAGCUUUUCUACGCUGCCCUUUUGAAGCACCGUGAGGAGAAUCUUGAGAAUUACCUCGGCGGUGCCGAUGCUAUCAGCUAUUCAGCCAGCGAUUACCAGCACAACAAGAAUGAGCUCAAGGAUCAACCACCUAUGCCCAACCAGAAGCAGCAGUCCCAGUCACAAUACUCCAUCAUGAAUGAUGAGCACCUACGAACUCCGCAGCUGGCUGAUGACGACUUGCCAUCAGAUGGUACUCACGACCCGUAUCGAUCCUCUCGUUACCAAACUACGCCCAAUGGUACACCUUACACCAAAGUCACUGUCCAUCGCAGGGGCGAGAGUAACGGAAGCCGAAAGGCCUAUAUGCAGCACAGUUUACGUCAUCCUAACGCGCUUCGUGUCGAGAUGCUCAAGAAGCAAGGCCAGGCAAAUUCCAGUUCAAGCUUAGUCAAGCAAGAAUACAGAAAGUCCAUGACACGGUCGAUAUCAAAAGCUUCGACGUCCCGCAAUUCAGUCGUCAGUUCUGUCUGGCCUAGCAGUCCGCCGGUCAUGCCGAGGACUGUAAGCUCACACAAGCACAAGAGGAAAGUCAGCUUUUCGCACCAUCGCAAGAGCUCGCAAGCUGCUGUCAGCACAACUGCUCGCUUCACACCUGAGCUCCAGGCCAAGGCUAGAUUUUCUCAACUCAUGCAUGGAAGCCCUACUCCCGACAUAAACAGUCCGUCACAUCGCGUAGAGAGUGCAAUCAGAUCUAGAAAAGAGAAAUCGGUCGCACCCGCACCUCGCUCGCGUCCUCGCAAUAAUUCUACCGGCGCUGCAAGAACGGACAUUCGCAAGGCCAGCAGUGAACUCGAACAGGCUUGCGAAGAGGCCUUCAACCGCUGCUCUUUCAGCUCGAGCGUUUUCACAUCGGCGUCUGCAACCGAGAAGGCUGGCUACGAAACCCCUCCUUCAUCCGUGUCUAAGAGGGACUCUGGCAGCUCAAUCAAGGAACACGUCGCACCUCGUCCUCUACCUGCUCUUCCUACCGAUACACCCAACACUUUCAUCACACGUACACUCGAGGAAACACGUCACAAACUUGCAGCGAGAAGUGCGUCUGAAGGGAACGAUGGCUCAGCCAAGAUCGAACAAGUCCUUGCCAACCUUGACAGAAUCAUGCCUGGCGACAAGCGCACCGUAUCGGCUCCCGAUCAUCAUGCCAUGGACAACAGAGCACCUCUGCCCAUCAUAAGCGAAGAAGGCAGACCUGAAGGCUCUCACAGGCGUCCAGUCGAGGCAAACUACAGAUACAGAUCAGUCACUGCUCCUAUUCCAGAGAGGACCGUCCGUAUGGUUCAGCCCUCAUCGCCCGCUACCCCAAAGAGUCCAUACAAUUGGCGCUCCGUCAACGAACCAGUCUCUGAAGUAUCCCACCACACUGCCGUUGACCGCAGCCGUCUUACUGUGCCAACUGGAGACCCUCGUAUGGUCCGCAAGAAGACCAGCGACAGUGACAUCCCUCUGAGCCAAAUCUCCUCUCGAGGCUCCCAGGAAGGCACAGUCAAGAAGAAGUCUUCCUGGUUCCGCAAGUGGAAGGAACCCACCACCAGCACUGAGGAUAGCCAAUCUCGAUCCCGCUCUCCCAUGCCGUGGAACGAGACCGUCGGUCAACCCGUCCAACCUAGUGUUCUCAAUCGGGAUAACCGUCCACCUCAGCUUGAUUUGACAAAUACGCAAAUGCCUGCACCCAACUCCUCUUCGAGCAAUGAAUUCCCGAUGCGCCGGGAAAGCAAAGGAUUCAGCAAAUGGUUUGGCAGAAAGAGGGACUCCGAGAAACUAUCCCCUCCAUCUGCAGCUACCAUGAAUGGUCCACUUAGUCCCUUUUCCACAGGUCCGCUUUCGCCUCUACCACCAACCACACCCACCUCUGCUGGCGGUGAUAACGCAACUCGCUCCUGGUUCUCUCGAUUCCUACGCCUGCGGCCCGAAGUACGCACACUGGCUUUCAACGUGCCGCGCACCCGAGCAAGAACAGAAUUGGUGCGCAUGUUGCGCGAAUGGCAGCGACAUGGUAUCAAAGACUUGACAUACUUCCCUCAAGAUAAUGCUAUCACCGCCAGCAUUGACAAAGUUAAUUCCUUGGGCAUUAAGCCGGUCACCUUUAGGAUCGAGUUGUUCGUGGUCCUCAAGAAUGGCCGAAAGGCUGGCCUCUCUCUCGCGAGAUGUUCACAGAUGCGUGGUGCAGCCAGUUCAUUCCGCAAGGUGAUUGAAGUGUUGGAACAAGUUGGCAGAGAUCGCGGUCUCCUCAUUGAUGACGAAAGUCAAUGGAACGAGCUCUGUGGUAUCUUGGCCUAG